AUGCUCUGGUCAUUAAUUUUUCUAGGGCUGGUUCAGUCUUCUCUCGCCGCGCCACCGAUAAAGCGAUGGGACGCUAUGGCGGAGAAGCACUCUUGGACGGAGGUUCCUCAAGGGUGGGAGUACCACUCUCCUGCCCCCCAGGGAAUGUCAUUUCAACUACGCAUCGGCCUCAAGCAAGAUCGUGUGGAUGACUUGAUCCGUGACCUCUAUGAAGUCAGCGAUCCUGCUCAUCAUAGAUACGGCAACCAUCUCUCCAAGGAGGACGUCGACGCUCUUGUCGCUCCUCACCCUGAGUCGGUGGAAACCCUCAAUUCCUGGCUCCAGCACCACGGUAUCGACCCCGAGCAGGCCGUAUAUCGUUCAGGUGGUGGCGAUUGGAUAACCCACCGUGUAACCGUCGCCCAAGCAGAAAAGAUGCUCGGAACAAAAUAUAACGUGUACCACCGCCCCGAAACCGGCAGUUAUAUUGUCCGAACGCUGAAGUAUUCACUGCCACGCGAUCUCCACGACCACGUCGACGUCGUCUCCCCGACAACGUACUUCGGGAAGACGGAAGCUAUGAGAGUUAACUCUUUCAUGCAACCCGAAGUCCCCACAAUGCAGUAUGAUCUGAAUCAAUUUAACGCCGACGCAGAUGCAGGCGAGAUACCAGCGAGCUGCGCCCGUCAAGUCACUCCUUAUUGUCUGCGCUUGUUGUACAAGACGAUAGACUACGUGCCCGGCGCUACUGAUCGCAAUAAACUUGGCGUCACCGGAUACCUGAAGGAGUACACCAGUAAUAAUGACCUUCAAGAAUUCUUCAAGAGGUUUAGGCCUGAAGCACUAGGGACCAAGCUCAACAUUACCCUUGUGCAUGAUGGCCUCAAUGACGACGAACGUCCUGGUACAGAGGCCAACCUCGAUGUUCAAUACGCGAUGGCUAUCGCCCACCCAACUCCAACGGUUUUCUACAGUACCGGAGGAUCUCCGCCGUUCAUCGCCGACGAUGCGACCAUGACAAAUACUAACGAGCCAUAUCUCGAUUGGCUAGAGCAUAUCCUCAACGAAACCUCCAUUCCUCAAACACUGACGACAUCCUACGGGGACGAUGAGCAAACGGUUCCCGUGGAAUACCAGAAGCGGGUGUGCUCUAUGUUUGCGCAACUAGGUGCACGAGGAAGCUCGGUGAUCUUUUCAUCUGGUGACUAUGGCGUGGGACCCGGUCUCUGUUAUACGAACGAUGGCCUCAAAACCCAGAAAUUCAUUCCUCAUUUCCCUGCGUCGUGCCCUUUCGUGACUACAGUCAGUAAAAGCACUGGAGGCAUUCCUGAGAAAACGGCAGGGCUCAGCGGAGGAGGAUUCUCCUUCACUUUCCCAAGACCCUCAUAUCAAGAUGCUCAGGUGAAGGCGUACCUCUCAUUGAUAGGGGAUGCGUAUUCCGGGCUGUACAACGAAUCAGGAAGAGGAUUCCCCGAUGUCGCUGGCCAGGCCAGAGGGUACCAAAUUGUCCAUAAAGGGACGGUGCGGUCUAUUGGAGGCACUAGUGCUGCUGCGCCGGUUGUCGCCGGGAUCGUGUCGCUGCUGAAUGAUUACCAGCUCACCAAAGGACAGCCACCUCUAGGAUUCCUCAACCCUUGGUUGUAUUCAGAGGCGGCGAGCGCGUUCAACGACAUCGUCAAGGGCUCUAACCCUGGAUGUAGGACGCUAGGCUUUUCCGCUCACCAUGGCUGGGAUCCAGUUACGGGAUUGGGCACUCCGGAUUUCGAGAAGCUCAAGGCUCUUCUUGAUAAAAGAAUAACUGCGCAAUAG